AUGGACCAUCCGCGCAUGUUGAACCCUCACAUGUUCCCCCCAUCCUCAUCUGAUGGUAUAUUUGGAGAAAUAAGCUUUCGGGGCAAGAUUGGCUCGAAAAGUGUGCCCGUGAUUGCUGACUUUCAACUUCAUGGUCUCGCUGCCUUGCAUUUUUCAAAUAAAUCGGCGUUCUUUGAGCUGCAUGUGGAUUUUCUUUCUGCUGGUGGAUGUAGUUCCUCUAUAUUCAGCGACGUCGACAACAAUUCAGAACUGAUUAGGGCAGAUAGAGAUAGUUAUGAAACUGAUGGAAAAGAAAUUGUUAAACCUCUUCUGUCUGAUGGGUGGGAGAAUGUUUUUGAUGAUCCUAACAAGCUUUUUCGUGGUGGUGUUGAUGUUGUUCGGUUGGCCUGUCAAAAGUAUUGUUUGAAGACUGGGUAUCGCGUAACAAAGGUGAAGAAUGAUCGUGAAAGGUUCAAAAUGAAAUGCAGUAAAGUCCCAUGCACUUGGAUGAUCCAUGCAGUUGCUAUUGAUUCUACUUGCGAUGUUUUUAGGAUAAAAAAGUAUGUUGGGAGGCACACUUGUGGAGCUGGUGUGAAGUUGAGGAGUCCUAAAGUAUCGAAGAAGCUGGUACACAACCUUAUUCAUGAUCGUGUGAUGCACAACCCACUUAUCAAGCCUCGCGAAAUUGAAGAUUAUAUAAAAGUUGGUGCUGGUGUUAAUAUCAAAUAUCACCAUGCAUAUCAUGGUUUGGAACAGUCACACCAUGAAAUUUUUGGGAAUGAUGUAAAGUCUUACUCUGAUCUGGUUUGGUGGGUGAAUUCAUUGAAAGAAACAAAUCCGGGCUCUUAUGCGGAUUUUCAGUUUAACGAUGCAACUCAGACAUUUGAAAGGUUAUUCAUUGCAAUAGGCGCUUGUAUUGAAGGUUUUUAUCCGCUAGCCUUUGCAUUGGUCCCAGGAGAGGAUGUUGACAAUUGGGAUUGGUUUAUGUGCAAUCUUAGCAACAUUGUUGAUGACCGUCCUAUCACCUUUAUGUCUGAUCGUCAUGAAGGAUUGUUGAGGGUUAUUCCUAAAAACUUUCCUACUUCCCGUCAUGGCUAUUGUUACUACCACUUGCAAGGAAACUUACCAAUCAGGAAAUCGAACGAGAAGUACAAAGAAGUUAUGGCUUGUUUCAAAAAAGAAACUUAUGCUCUCACACCAGCAAGAUAUGAAGAAGCACUAAUGUAA